AUGACCGCCAAACCACCCCUUGAUCCAAAUCAGUCAAUACACUGGGUCCUGGAUUGGGAUGGCACCAUUACACGCCGUGACACUCUCGAUGCACUCGUCAGCAUCGCGGCUUCCUCUAAGCCUAGUUCACCUGUACUCGACGAAUGGAAACGCGUCUCGGAGGCCUACAUGACCGACUACACUGCUGCAAUAGAGAGGCUUGCCCCGGGUAGUAAUCUACCAACGACAGUACAAGAAGAAAAAGAUCUGCUUCGGGCGCUUGAAAGUGUCGAGCAAGCGAGUCUCGAUCGUGUCUCCUCAUCUGGGAUUUUCGCGGGCCUGACUAGGAAGCUUUUGGCCGAAGGUGCAAAACGCGUCAUCGAUUCAAGAGAAGUAGAGCUGCGCAAAGGUUUCGCGCAAUUCCUUCAGCGCAUGCAAAGCCGAGACCGCGAUGAACUAGACAUUCUGAGUGUCAAUUGGAGUCGUCACUUCAUCAGAUCCUGCCUGGAAGCUGGAGAAGCUUACAUGGACCCACAGGCAGUCCACGCAAAUGAGCUUGAUGGCAUCGAGAGGGACUUGGUUUCUACCGGAAAGAUCAGUCCCGUCGAGGACGCGAUGAUGAAGAUUAUAUCCAGUGGUGAUAAGCUGGAAUACCUGAUGCGGUUACGGAAGCAGAAUCGCGAAUCUAGAAACGAAUGUCCCGGCUCCAGCAGACCAAUUGUAUAUGUUGGGGACAGCUGGACAGACAUAGAAUGCCUCUUGGAAGCCGACCUUGGCAUCUGCGUUCGCGAUGAUCCCAUCGGUAGCUCGCAGAAGAAGCUGGCCGAGCGAUUGCAAGACCUUGGUAUCUGCUGUCCUCGUCUGCAGGACUGGAAGUGUGCAGACGAGUGGCAGAUGGUGUGGGCGAGCGACUUUGCUGAGAUACAAACGUGGAUUGAAGCGCACAACGCAAGCAUACGCUGA